AUGAAUAAGGUGGUUUUGGUGACAGGAGCAAAUAGCGGCAUUGGCCUGGUGCUGUGUGAGCGUCUCCUCUCACAGGACACGGAGGGUCUCCAGCUGUGUCUGGCCUGCAGGAACAUGAGGCGGGCUCAGGCGGCUCGCUCGGCCCUCCUCGCCUCUCACCCCGCCGCCCAGGUGGCCCUGCUGCAGGUGGACACCAGCAGCAUCGCCUCCAUCAUCGCUGCUGCACAGGAGGUCAAACUCAGGUAUAACCGUCUGGACUACCUCUACCUGAACGCAGGCAUCAUGCCAAACCCCCAGUUUGAUGUAAAAGCCUUUUUCAAAGGCCUCUUCUCCAGUCGUAUCAUCUCCAUGUUUGCCACCGGCGAGGGGAUUCUCACGCAGAGGGACUGCGUCACCCCCGAUGGCCUGCAAGAAGUUUUUGCGACCAACCUCUUCGGUCACUUCCUACUUAUCCGGGAGCUGGAACCAGUUCUGUGUCACGAAGGCCGGACGUCCCAGGUGAUCUGGACCUCCUCCAGCAACGCUCACCGCUCAGCUUUCAACCUGGAGGACAUGCAGCACCGGAGGGGGACCCAACCUUACAGCUCCUCCAAAUACUCCACUGACCUGCUCAGCCUGGCGCUCAACACACACUUCAACAAACAGGGUUUGUACUCCUCCGUCACUUGUCCUGGUUUUGUGAUGACCAAUCUGACCUACGGGAUCCUGCCCUCCUUCCCAGCCGUCCUCUGGACUCUGCUUAUGCCCGUCUUUUGGCUUAUAAGAAUGUUCACCAAUACUUUCACCCUGACCCCUUAUAACGGAGCUGAAGCCCUGCUUUGGCUAUUUAAGCAAAAGCCUGAAUCACUGGACCCUCAAGCCAAGUACCACAGCUUAACAUCUGGUCUAGGAAACAACUACACACGGCCACGAAAGAUGGACAUCGAUGUGCAAACAUCAGAUGCUUUGUAUGAGAAAUUGCUGCAACUGGAAUGCGACCUAAGAAAGAAACUGAAGGACAAUCAACAAGAAUCACAGUAUUCCUGCAAGACGUGAUGCGUAUCACACAUUUCUAGGAUGGAGAGUGUUUUAUUCCUGUUUUGCAGCGUGCAUACUUUCUUUCAGACCUCACAAAACACUGCAGCCUGAAUUCACAGCACAAAUGAAACAAG